UUCACUCUUACUUUCUUCCAUUCAUAAUUUCCUAUGAUGCACCUCAAACAACUUCCUGGACUGGGGAUCCCGGCUAAAUAUAGCUGUUUCUCUGUCUUACAACACAGGCUCCAGUAUAUAAAUCAGGCAAAUUCCCCAUUUGAGCAUGAACUUCUGAAAACGGCCUGCAUCUAAGGUCUCCUCCAAGGCCCUCUGGAGUCCAGCCCAUAAUGAAGGUCUUGGCCGCAGGAGUUGUGCCCUUAUUGCUGGUUCUGCACUGGAAACACGGGACAGGGAGUCCCCUUCCCAUCACCCCUGUUAAUGCCACCUGUGCCACACGCCACCCAUGUCACGGCAACCUCAUGAGCCAGAUCAAGAAUCAGCUGGCACAGCUCAAUGGCAGUGCCAAUGCCCUCUUUAUUUCCUACUACACAGCUCAAGGGGAGCCAUUUCCCAACAAUGUGGACAAGCUAUGUGGGCCCAACAUGACAGAUUUUCCACCUUUCCAUGCCAACGGGACAGAGAAGACCAAGUUGGUGGAGCUGUAUCGGAUGGUCGCGUACCUGAGUGCCUCCCUGGGCAACGUCACCCGGGAUCAGAGGGUCCUGAACCCCAAUGCCCUGAGCCUCCACAGCAAGCUCAAUGCUACUAUGGACAUCAUGCGCGGACUCCUUAGCAACGUGCUUUGCCGGCUGUGCAACAAGUACCAUGUGGGCCACGUGGAUGUGACCUAUGCUCCUGACACCUCCAGCAAAGAUGUCUUCCAAAAGAAAAAGUUGGGCUGCCAGCUCCUGGGGACAUACAAGCAAGUCAUUAGCGUGGUGGCCCAGGCCUUCUAGACAGGAGGUCUUAAGUAUGUCAUGGACUGAGGGUUUUCAGGAGCAGGAUCCAGAUGUGGAGAGGGGGGCUCAAAGUGUUCGGGUUCAGGGCAUUGUUAAAUGCAAAAGGGGCUGCUGGCAGACCCCAGGGAUUUCCAGCCACUCACUGCAGUCUGUGCUGGGCCAUGAUAGAGCCCAGCAAAGCUGAAACUUCCAUGGACAGGGCUCCCAUAUAGCCCAGCACUAGCUAGAA